AUUGUGAUCGUGAGUUUCGAAGGCCCCAAACUCCGAGCUAUGCUAGCAAGAGAGGAAAAAGUGAAACCCUAUCGGCCCUCGGAUUUUGCUCGCAUACAUCCAAUGACCCACACAUAUCGAGGUGGUCAUGAGGCCUAACCGCGUGACCCAGGUGCCCGGAUUUUGGUGCAGUUCAAGGCAAGGAGUGUCAGACGUCGACAAGGCCAGACAGAGGCGAGAAUCGCACCACGCCUUGCCGCCUGCCAGGAGGUCUUUGGGAACGUAGGCUCUCAAUCGAAAACGUGUCGUAUCUGUCCUUCUUCGCUACCUGUCUCGGAGAACCCGCUUGGCUGUAUUACGGCAGCGAACCGUUCGACAAAACGGGUGAGAGCGCCCGCCCCUGCUCUCUGUCAAAAAGAUUGAUUUUCGCGCUGGUUUCGUCAUCAACAGACGCGACACGACCUGUGAGAGAGAGGGAUGGGGGAGGAGCAAAAGGGAGCAGCAUCAUCCGUGCCCCCGUGGUCACUGUCGCACUCGCACCUCGUACGCCAUCUGCGUUCACUUCACCUAUUCACGGCAGAAGCAGUCGGGACAUCGAUGCUGCUCCAUGCUCGUGUGAUCUUGCGUUAUUAUUGAGAAUUUUGACACUCACGACGGCGCUGUGUUUCGACGUGAACAUCAGGCCGAGAAGCGUCGUUGUAUCGGAAGAAAGCCUCCGCAGAUCAUCCGGUAUUUUUAGCUGUCCCCUGGACGCGAUGGCAAGUAGAGGUUCAUGUUCGCAGACGGUGUUUAUCGGCAAACGUGACUUCAGGAAAAAUCGCCGUAAAGCAGCAGACAAGCAGUUCAUGCUGACGGCUUGUAAACCCGGCUUCUUGCUUUUAAACCCAGCGGACCAAAUAGACGUCUCCUGGUUGCAUUCGUGUACCAGAGUGGUUUGUCCUGACACGGAACUGCCCGCUACUGAAGGCGCUGCUAUACCACUUCUCAAUGCAAAUCGCGGAGGGAACUACCUGUGUUGAUCUGCGAACCAAAAGCAAGCUUCGUCGCCGUCUGGACACAUUAAAUGUGGCGCUUCAAGUCGAAAUGGCUCCACACAGUCCUGAUAGCGACAGCACUGUGUUCCACGGCAUGGCUUCUUAUCGUGGUUUUCAACGACAACGGAGUCAUACAUGCAAGAGGGCAAAUUGUCUUCUACCUUCCUCCCGACAGCCCACAGAGAUAUCCAGAUCAUCGGUCUUGGCAGAGUUCACCGGGCCACUUCGAGCUCAGCCGCCGUCAGUACUUGCAUCCAUGUCCCUAUAUUAUCAACAUUGAAGACACGUGUCGUGGAAAUUCCACUCAAAGCAAUACCACCCAAGACAUAGACUACCUCUUCCUUGUGUCUUCAGCAGUUCCGAACUUUGGCCAUCGCAAAGCCAUUCGGGACUCCUGGGGAAGGGACGUGCUUGCCUUCGGCAAUAAUAGACUCGCCUUCUUGUUAGGUAGCCCCAACAGCACUCUUCUACAGUCAGCGGUUGAAAGUGAAUCUGCGCUCUACUCAGAUAUCAUACAAGGGAACUUCAGCGACACAUACCGAAAUGUCACCCUGAAGUCCGUCAUGAUGCUACACUGGACCACGAAAUAUUGUCCUGGUGUACGGUUCCUCGUGAAAGUGGACGAUGACACGUACCUGAAUGUUCCGAACUUGGUCGAGGCGCUUCGAGUGCAGCGCACUGACACCAUUUAUGGUAUGUUGUACCAUUUGACGUCAGCAAUUCGAUCGUUGGAAAGCAAGUGGUACGUGACUGUCGAGGAAUACCCCGGUGACACGUACCCUGACUACGUAGGUGGUGCGGCAUAUGUGAUAGGUGGAAGAGUGGUAGAGUUGCUGUACAAUGCAACGGGUGCUGUGAAGCCGUUUUCCAUGGAAGACGCGUACAUCACGGGUACGUGCGCGCAACGCGUUGGCAUCCCUCGUGUGCUCUUGCGAGGCGUCUCCACACUCAAGUUGUCUUCCGUAUGUGAACACAAGAAUGCCAUCGCGGGGCACUAUGUCACACCCAGUGAAAUGGUAUUCCUUUGGAGUACGCUACAACGCACCGUCCUAUCUUGCCAUUAUGUCAUCUUCAACUGGUAUUUUUGUAAUUGUGCCGCCAGCUAGUCUGUAUAUACCAUAGCCAAUAGUUUAUUGAAUCCUGAUAAUGUGCGCGGAGUUGCUGGAAAAGCAACGGAGAGAUACUUGAUGAAUUCAUCAGCGUGGUUUUGUUUCUCAAUAGCAAGGUUACGCCUGGGCAGAAGUUCCCAGCAACGGUAAUACAUUGCGUGAGAACACUCACUUUGCAUUAC